AUGUCCAUUCGUCUCAUCAACACCUCAAGAGAGGUCAUCGAGUUUCCCACAGUCCAGGAGGCAUACGACUUUGUUCUCUCCCUUGACACCCCAAUGGCAUUCAGAACUGAUGCGCCUGAUCCCGUCUGCAUCCCCAUCGAUCCUGAAUCAAGCCCAAGCCAGUUGUCCCUUCGCACCUAUGCCCUCCUCCCAUUGACGGAUAAGGAGAAGGUGGCUAUGAGGAAUAAGCUCCAUAACAUGGUCAAUGAGAUGAAGCAGGGAGUCGGUAUCCCUGGCCUCAGCGAUGUCGAUACCGAGUUGAUCACUGCGCUCGCUAACUCUGCCGAGGCACAAACUAAGGCACCUGAAUCUAGCUAG